GACGGGGAGGAUCGCGAUGGAUCUGUGAAAAGCGUGAAGUUGAAACUUUGAACCUUAAUUACAAAAUCUUAUGUGGGUGCCAUUGGAAGGACAAAAGUCGACUUGUUAUUCAGUCAGUGAGAAGACGAGAGGGCGGCGAAAGGGUAUACCGCAACCGGACAGAUUACCUACGUUGAGUAAACUCCAGUGAAGGGACGACAGGUUCUAAUCAUGGACCAUGGCGAGCAUCAGUGACGACGAGCACCUCCAGUUGGCGUCACUCGACAAGAAACCUUCUCCACGGCGAAACACGUCGCUCGCAUUUAUCCAAAGCAAGCUCCGCCGGUUGAAUGGCAAUUCCCCCGGAGACAGAAUCUUGUCUACCGUGGACGCCAAAGGCCCUCUUGGGUUGAACCUUCUACACGAGCCGUCAGAACCUCGAAUUGACUUCAUAUUCGUACACGGCCUUUUCGGGGGAUCAAGGAAAACAUGGAGCUAUUCCCAAGACCCGGCCAUGUUUUGGCCCAAGGAGUGGUUGCCAAACGAGGUCGGAUUUAGGCACGUCCGAUUGCACAGCUAUGGCUACAACUCGGAUGGGUCGAGGAGGAAAAGCUUCCUCACCGUUCAUGAUUUUGCCCAGGCUUUGCUUGCCGACAUCUACAACUCACCAGAGUUGCGUAAGCAUGGUGAUACGCCGAUCGUGUUUGUUGCCCAUAGCAUGGGAGGGCUGGUUGUGAAAAAGGCUUACUUGCUAGCUGUCAACGACCCGACCUACAAAAGCAUAAGCCAUCGAAUUCAUACCAUGUACUUCCUGGGGACGCCCCAUCGCGGAGCCGAUUCGGCCCAGAUCACACGGACUAUCCGGUAUGCCGCCGGCCACGGGAGCAAAGCCUAUAUCGACGAUCUCGUUCCCGGAAGUGGCGCGCUCAAUGUUGGUCUUGAUACUCUUGAUACUUCCAGGCUCCGUUGCAAACGCUCUCAUCACUGUCAGAACACUACGGCUAACAUCUGCCAGCAAAUCAACGACGAAUUCCGCCAUGUUUGUAGCAGUGUCCGCCUUUGGUCCUUCUUUGAGGGGGUGCCGACAGCUUUCGGCCUUCUCUCCUCGCUUGUGGUUGAGAAAGAGUCGGCUAUACUUGGGCUCCCCGGAGAGCACAUUCAAUAUGUCGACGCCGACCACCGCCACCUCUGCAAAUUUGACAGUCCAAACAGUCCAAAUUAUAUUCUCCUGCAAAGAGCAUUUCUUACCACCAUAGAGGAACUUGAAGCAGACAGUUUAUGUCAACGCCGUGACGAAUACAGUGACCAAAUGAAACAAGUUUCCUCUUUCCUUCAGGUAGAGCAGCGCCCCGAUGCUUUUCUUUUGGCAAUCAACGAAAAGCAGCAUCAAGGUUCUUGUCAGUGGUUGACCGCCGACGAUACAUUUCAACAUUGGGUCAACGGCCCGGAUCCCAGAGGAGACGAUGAUGUGUCACAACAAACGUCAUACGAGCUUGAAGAAGACGCCAGGAUCUUGUGGCUCACGGGCCGGCCGGGUACCGGCAAGUCCGUGGCUUCCAGUCACGUUGUCAGAUAUCUGGAAGCCUGCAACCUUGAUUGCAGUUUCUAUUUCUUCAGACACAGCGACGAAGCCGGGUCCACCAUUGCAGCGUUGCUUCAAUCACUUGCUUUCCAGAUGGCGAAGUCGAGCUACGAAGUUCGGCGCGCAAUCGUCUCCAUAGCUGAGGAUGGCGUACGAUUAAGCCAUUGUGACCAUCACAUGCUGUGGAACAAAAUCUUUGUCCAACGCAUUUUCCGACUGGAUUCGCUGAAACCCCAAUUUUGGGUCAUAGACGCGGUCGAUGAAUGUUCGAGCAACGGGACAUCGGCGUUGGUUGCCAUGUUGUCAAAGCUCGAUCACACUACACCCAUCCGAGUCUUCAUGACCAGCCGACCCGGGGGGCAGUUAGAGAGAUCACUCACACAACAGAACGUUCUGUUCAAGCAGUUAAGCACUGGGCAGUCCGGUUCACUGCGCGAUAUCCAAGCCUUCUUGCAAGCCAGGUGUCCACAGCUCCAAGACACCGAGUCCCACGAAAUGUUCCUGUCGAACGUACUGUCCAAAUCGAACGGCAUCUUUCUCUGGGCCUCGCUCGUCGCGGCAAGGUUGGAGAAUAUAUUCACCGUCGAGGAUAUGCAAGAAACCUUACAAACCAUCCCCUCCGAGAUGGAUGGUUUCUACUCUCGCAUCGCCGACUCGAUUGUUGCAUCGCCAAGCUGCGCACUUGUUACUUGCAUCCUGAAAUGGGUCAUAUGCUCGCCGAGGGCGCUCACGACGGGGGAACUUGCGGAAGCAGUCAAACUUGACAUUGACCGUACCCUGGCAGCAUCAUCAGCACAACUAGAAGCCAUCACAGGACAUCUGAUCUUGGUGGAUAGCCAGUCCCGAGUCCACGUCACCCAUGCCACAACGUCCAGUUUCCUGACUCGUCGUCGAGAGGGUCUCUGGAUCGACCAGCCGAUGGCGCAUUCCAAAAUUGCUGAAGUAUGCCUCACGACGCUCUGCGGCGCGGAUUUUGCACCACCAAAAACCCGUCGUGCCGCUGGUUCCGCCUCCAAGAAGGCUGCUAGCCCCUUGAAUUCCUACGCCGCAGCAAACUUUGGGUACCACCUGAUGCACAGCUCUCCUGCGGGUGAUGCGCUUCUCAUCCAACUCAACGCCUUUCUGCGAUCGAACGUCCUGACAUGGAUCGAGCGGAUCGCAGAGUCAGGCAGUCUUUCUACUCUACAGCAAACAUCUCAGAGGUUGAACGCCUACCUGACCCGGCGAGCGAAGUAUCACCCGCCGGUGAGUUUGGAAGUUCAGACGGUGUCAGGAUGGGUAAAUGAUAUCCAUCACCUGGUCGCGGCGUUCCAUUCCGCCCUCCUAGCCUCGCCAUCUUCGAUACACAUUAUAAUUCCCUACCUCUGUCCGCCCGCUUCGAUUAUUCGGCAACUAUUCGCCAAACCUAAUAAACGCCUAAAAAUAACCGGCCCUUUGGACGAGGAUUGGAGCGAUAGACUUACUUCCUACCUGUUCUCGGCCGAGACCAAGUCGAUUGCUUGCUGCGAACGACUCCUUGCUGUUGGCCUCAAAAAUGGCGACAUCCGGAUCUACGACACGGCUGGCGUUGGCACCUUCGAGGCCGUCGGCACUCUCAUCCACGGCAAGAAGGUGAGGCAGUUGGCAUUCGAUCCAUCCUCCUCUUUCUUGGCAUCCUGCAGUGUGCGGAAGUUGAUGCUCUGGGAUAUACGGCGGUCCAGCGGGCCGUCUUUUCCCUGCCUCUGGGCACAAGAUCUCGACUUUACCCCAAACCAGGUGAUUUUCGACAGGGAAGGAACACGCAUACUACUUUCCGAUCCUAUACGAUGUGCAAUAAACUCAUUCGAGGCCGUUUCUGGUUCCAGUGGUGGUGGAGCUAUUCUCCUCCACUCAUCACAAGAUUCUGAUUCCUCCGACAGCGAAGAGCAGAUGGGUUCUUGGGCGGCCGCGGAGCAUGUUUACAUUGAUAACGAUCAAAAGCUGGCUGCUCUGACGUACCGGAACUCAACGGUCUCCAUAUGGGACCUGGACGCCAUGGAGAAUGUGGGCAACUUCGAGAGAGACGGGUACGAGGGAGUCUAUUCAUCCCCACCGGCUCUCGACCUGGCAUUUAACCCCAUUUCCGAGCUCGAUCUGCUGGCCAUCUCGUACAGCGAUGGCGACGUCGUUCUGUGUAACCCCUGGACACUGGAGCAAACCGAAAAGUGCAAUCUACCUCACUCCCUCGUUAUACUAACCAGCACAUCGGAUGGCCGCGUUCUCGCUGGCGGUGCUGAGGAUGGUGUCAUUCAUCUUCUGCUUUUCAAGACCUUACGGCCGCUUUAUCGUGUCCAGCCACCCGACGCGCGCUCACAGCUAUGCGGCCUCACCUUUUCGGCGAAUAACCUCCAGUUCUUCGAGAUCAGAGCGCAGUCCUGCAAUGUGUGGGAGCCUCUCGUCCUGGUUACGGGGGAUACAUCCGAUGAAGGCUCAUCCGAACCGCAGAGCGAAGAGGUCCCACCGCAGGAGCCGAGUUCUUCUUCCGCCCACGCCUUCCAAUGGCGCCAGAGAAUAACCGCCAUCCAAACGACAGAACGUGGACUCUUUUUCGUUGGGAGACAGGACGGCACGGUUGAUAUCUGUGACGGAAGCUCGGGCGAGGUUGUCAAAAGACUACGACUCCACGGCGGCUUCGCACGCAUCAAGCAGUUGGGCUGGAAUGAGGCCAACAAUAUCCUGCUCAGCCUCGACGCACACAGCCGCUGCAUUGUCAGUCGACUGUCGUUUGAUACGGAGCCGCAACCCACGGUGAUACUGAAUCAUCGCGAACGGGACAUCGUUCGACAAGCAUUGUUGAGUCCCGACGCCACGUCCAUACUCGUCCGUACCGAUGCAGGUCUCAAACUCAUUGCGGUUGCCCGGGCCUCCGUCUCAGCAGAGCUGGAUUUUGCAGCAAGCUUCUGCUCGAGCCAUCCUUCCAGUCUCUCGCAGUUGAUAGCGUUUCAGCCGGGUAGGAUUCACCUCUUCGACUGGGCCUCACUAGCCCGACUCUCGCCCGCCAAAGGGAUCGUAGUCGCUAGCUUUCCGCCUCCUUCCAAGCCCUCAGACAUCAUGAACGGUGUUUGGUUCGGCCGCCCAGGCUCUGCCUACCUGGCCCUAUGCGCCAACUCCUCAAACCGACAUCGGCCCACUUGUUUCGCGGCACUGGACGCAUCGAAGCUGGCACCAGAGAAUGGAGAAGCAACUGAGAUUCAGGUCCUCACCUCGCACAAGAUACAAGUGCGCAUAGUCGUCGGCGUGGUCAAGAACACGCUCUACUUCAUCGACACAGCAGGCUGGAUAAGCUCCGUCGGGCUCAAGCGCCUGCGCCAGGCCGCCCAUUACACCCGGCACUUCUUCAUCCCGCCGACAUGGUACAUGGGCGGCGAUGUGGUAAUCGCGGUGGUGACCAAGACAGCAGUGGCGUUCGCGAGGGGCGAGCAGUUGAUGGUGUUUCAUGGUUUUCUGGAGUUCGAGGAGAGGGUCCCGUUGGGAGAGGAAAUGCCAUUAGUGUCAAGGCCGAGCAAGGGCGGGACAUCGAAGGAAUGAAACAAGGAGAGGAAUUCCCGGUCCAGGAAGACUUGUCGUAGCAACUUAUUUCAACUGAUUUGAACGAUCGGUAUUCACUAUGUGAACGCAUUGCCGAGAGAGUCCACAUGUUGUAGUUAUUAAGUAUCCUGUUUCGAUCUUUA